AUGAUGGAAUCCGGGGCUCCGGUUUGCCACACUUGUGGUGAGAAUGUUGGGUUGAAUGCCAAUGGUGAACCCUUUGUGGCUUGCCAUGAAUGCAACUUCCCCAUCUGCAAGAAUUGUUUCGAGUAUGACCUCAAGGAAGGUCGAAAAGCUUGUCUCCGGUGCGCUAGUCCGUACGACGAGAACCUGUUGGACGAUGCAGAGAAGGCAUCCGCCGAUCAAUCUGCACAUUUGAGCAAGUCUCAGGAAGUUGGGGUUCAUGCAAGACAUAUCAGCAGUGUAUCUACACUGGAUAGUGAAAUGACCGAGGACAACGGGAACCCGAUUUGGAAGAAUCGGGUGGAAAGUUGGAAAGAAAAGAAGAACAAGAAGAAAAAGCCUGCAAAAACCAAGGCUGACACAGAAGCUCAAGUCCCACCUGAGCAACAAAUGGAAGAUAAACCGGCACCGGAUUUCUCCCAGCCCCUCUCGACUAUAAUUCCAAUUCCGAAAAGCAGACUUGCGCCAUACCGAACUGUGAUCGUUAUGCGAUUGAUCAUUCUCGGUCUUUUCUUCCAUUACCGAGUAACCAAUCCUGUCGACAGUGCUUUUCCCCUGUGGCUCACUUCAGUCAUAUGUGAAAUCUGGUUUGCCUUUUCCUGGGUGUUGGAUCAGUUCCCUAAGUGGUAUCCUAUUGACAGGGAAACAUACAUUGACAGGCUAUCGGAAAGAUACGAAAGAGAAGGCGAACCUUCUGAACUUGCUGCAGUGGACUUCUUUGUGAGUACAGUGGAUCCAUUGAAAGAACCUCCAUUGAUCACUGCCAAUACCGUGCUUUCCAUCCUUGCCCUGGACUACCCUGUGGAUAAGGUCUCUUGUUAUGUAUCUGACGAUGGUGCCGCAAUGCUGUCAUUUGAAUCUCUAGUCGAAACGGCUGACUUUGCAAGAAAGUGGGUUCCAUUCUGCAAAAAGUUCUCAAUUGAACCACGGGCACCGGAGUUUUACUUCUCACAGAAGAUUGAUUACCUGAAGGACAAAGUGCAGCCCUCUUUCGUAAAAGAACGUAGAGCAAUGAAAAGAGACUAUGAAGAGUUCAAAAUCCGGAUUAAUGCACUAGUUGCCAAGGCUCAGAAAACACCUGAAGAAGGAUGGACAAUGCAAGACGGAACGCCUUGGCCAGGAAAUAACACGCGUGAUCACCCUGGCAUGAUUCAGGUGUUCCUUGGAUAUAGUGGUGCCCGUGACAUCGAAGGAAAUGAACUUCCCCGAUUGGUUUAUGUCUCUAGAGAGAAGAGACCGGGUUACCAACACCACAAAAAAGCUGGUGCUGAAAAUGCUUUGGUUCGGGUGUCUGCAGUUCUUACAAAUGCUCCAUACAUCCUCAAUCUCGAUUGUGAUCACUAUGUUAACAAUAGCAAGGCAGUUAGGGAGGCAAUGUGCUUCCUGAUGGACCCGCAAGUUGGUCGAGAUGUAUGCUAUGUGCAGUUUCCUCAAAGAUUUGAUGGCAUAGAUAGGAGUGAUCGAUAUGCCAAUCGCAACACGGUUUUCUUCGAUGUUAACAUGAAAGGUCUUGAUGGAAUUCAAGGACCAGUUUAUGUCGGAACAGGUUGUGUUUUCAAUAGGCAAGCACUUUAUGGCUAUGGACCACCUUCAAUGCCCAGCUUGCCCAAGUCCAGCUCAUCUUGCUCAUGGUGUGGCAGCUGCUCAUGCUGCUGCCCAGGCAAGAAGGAACCUAAAGAUCCAUCAGAGCUUUAUAGGGAUGCAAAACGAGAAGAACUCGAUGCUGCUAUUUUUAACCUUAGGGAAAUCGAAAACUAUGAUGAGUAUGAAAGAUCAAUGCUGAUCUCUCAAACAAGCUUCGAAAAAACUUUUGGUUUAUCUUCAGUCUUCAUUGAAUCAACACUAAUGGAUAAUGGAGGAGUGGCUGAAUCUGCCAACCCUUCGACACUAAUCAAGGAAGCAAUUCAUGUCAUUAGUUGCGGUUAUGAAGAGAAGACUACAUGGGGAAAAGAGAUCGGAUGGAUAUACGGUUCGGUCACUGAAGAUAUCUUAACCGGUUUCAAAAUGCACUGCCGAGGAUGGAGAUCGAUUUACUGCAUGCCCUUAAGGCCAGCAUUCAAAGGAUCUGCACCGAUCAAUCUGUCUGAUCGGCUGCACCAGGUUCUUCGAUGGGCUCUUGGAUCGGUCGAAAUUUUCCUAAGCAGGCAUUGUCCUCUAUGGUAUGGCUUUGGAGGCGGUCGUCUUAAAUGGCUUCAAAGGCUAGCAUAUAUCAACACCAUUGUCUAUCCUUUCACAUCCCUUCCUCUCAUUGCCUAUUGUUCUCUGCCUGCAAUCUGUCUUCUCACCGGAAAAUUCAUCAUACCGACGCUCUCAAACCUGGCAAGCGUUCUCUUUCUUGGCCUUUUCAUGUCCAUUAUUUUGACCGCUGUGCUCGAGCUCCGAUGGAGCGGUGUCAGCAUCGAGGACUUAUGGCGUAACGAGCAGUUUUGGGUCAUCGGAGGUGUUUCAGCCCAUCUCUUUGCUGUCUUCCAAGGUAUACUGAAGAUGCUGGCAGGUAUUGACACCAACUUCACUGUCACUGCCAAAGCAGCCGAUGAUGCAGAGUUUGGUGAGCUCUACAUUGUGAAAUGGACAACACUUUUGAUCCCGCCGACGACACUUCUCAUCGUCAACCUGGUCGGUGUCGUAGCCGGGUUCUCCGACGCACUCAACAAAGGGUACGAAGCUUGGGGGCCACUCUUUGGAAAAGUGUUCUUUUCAUUCUGGGUCAUCCUACAUCUUUAUCCAUUCCUCAAAGGUCUCAUGGGUAGACAAAACAGGACACCAACCAUCGUUGUUCUUUGGUCGGUGCUGUUGGCUUCCGUGUUCUCCCUUGUUUGGGUCCGGAUCAACCCAUUUGUCAACACCGGCGACAGCACCGCCCUGACGUCGAGCUGCAUUUCCAUUGAUUGCUGAUGACAUGUUAUUGUUUUUUUUCUCAAAAGUGAACCAUUGCAUUUAAGUGGACUGAAAUAUGUGUAUGGUCUAAGUUUUGAACAAAUUUGUAUGUGCGCAUUUUGUUCUCAGAAGUGUGCAAGUGUUUCUAUGCAAUGCUAUGAGCUAUUUUUCAUUGAAAUUACUUGAAAUGAACUGUGUACUAGUCUGCAGAU